AAGCAGAUCAUGGAGGAGGCUGUGACGAGGAAGUUUGUGCAUGAGGACAGCAGCCACAUCAUCUCCUUUUGUGCCGCCGUGGAAUGCUGUGUGCUGUUCGGGCUGAAGCGGAGGGCGGCCGGGUUCCUGCGCAGCAACAAGAUCGCAGCGCUCUUCAUGAAGGUGGGCAAGAGCUUCCCCCUGGCAGAGGAGCUCUGCAGGAAGGUGCAGGACCUGGAGCAGCUCAUUGAGAACGCGAGAAACCAAGCCCAGGGGGUCCCAGAGAACGUGCGCAAGGUGCCGAAGCUGCCCAACCUGUCUCCUCAGGCCAUCCGGCACCUCUGGAUCCGCACAGCCCUCUUCGAAAAGGUCCUGGAUAAAAUCGUGCACUACCUGGUGGAGAACAGCAGUAAGUACUAUGAGAAGGAAGCUCUCCUGAUGGAUCCUGUGGAUGGGCCAAUUCUAGCAUCUUUAUUGGUGGGGCCCUGUGCACUGGAAUACACCAAGAUGAAGACUGCUGACCACUUCUGGACAGACCCCUCUGCAGAUGAGCUGGUCCAGAGGCACAGGAUCCACAGCUCCCACUGCCGCCAGGACUCGCCCACCAAACGCCCAGCGCUCUGUAUUCAGAAAAGACAUUCCAGUGGCAGCAUGGAUGACAGGCCAUCCCUGUCUGCCAGGGACUACGUGGAGUCCCUGCACCAGAAUUCCCGAGCCACGCUCCUGUACGGCAAGAACAACGUCCUGGUGCAGCCGCGAGAUGACAUGGAGGCAAUCCCGGGGUACCUGUCCCUUCACCAGACUGCUGACAUCAUGGCACUGAAGUGGACCCCCAACCAGCUGAUGAACGGCUCCGUGGGGGACCUGGACUAUGAGAAGAGCCUAAGCUCUAAAAAUUCCCAGUGUCAAGACGUGACCAAGGAAGAGAGGAGGCAGAUGGCACACGUGUACUGGGACUAUGCCAUGACCAUUCGCCUGGAGGAGAUCGUGUACCUGCACUGCCACCAGCAGGUAGACAGUGGUGGCACGGUUGUCCUGGUGAGCCAGGAUGGCAUCCAGAGGCCACCUCUGCGCUUCCCCCGUGGAGGACACUUGCUGCAGUUCCUGUCCUGCCUGGAGAAUGGCCUCCUGCCCCACGGGCAGCUGGACCCACCCCUCUGGUCACAGCGGGGAAAGGGAAAGGUGUUCCCCAAACUGAAGAAGAGAAGCCCCCAGGGCUCCUCUGAGUCCGCAUCUGACAAGGAAGAUGAUGAAGCCACGGAUUAUGUCUUCAGGAUCAUCUACCCUGGGACUCAGACAGAGUUUGUUGCCAUUAAUGGUGCUUUUCACCCACUCCUUGCACCUGUGACUGCUGGGAGAGGGAAGAUCAUGAAGAUUCCAGCUGGAAGCAAGAUGGUGGUGAUCCCCAAAUGGUGCCUGAGUGUCCCUGGCAGAUCCCGAGCUCUCCGUGCUGCUCUGGGCACCUCCUGGCAUCAGUUGCCCCAGGACCUGAUGGACGCUCCAGGGGCUGUCCUGCCCCCCAUGUGGCAGCCCAGCACCCGCAAAUCCUCCUGCUCCUCCUGCUCCCAGAGCGGCUCCUCCGACGGGGGCCCGGCCAAUGGCUGCAGCCAUGAGAGAGCUCCACUGAAGCUGCUGUGUGACAACAUGAAGUACCAGAUCCUGUCCCGGGCUUUCUAUGGAUGGCUGGCCUACUGCAGACACCUGUCCACGGUGAGGACUCACCUGUCGGCGCUGGUGAACCACAACAUCGUGUCCCCUGAUGUCCCCUGCAGCGCCAGCGCGGGGCUCACCGUGGACAUCUGGCACAGAUACCUGCAGGACAGCUCGAGUUACGAGGACCAGGAGCUGCUGCGGCUCAUCUACUACGGCGGGAUCCAGCACGAGAUCAGGAAGGCUGUGUGGCCCUUCCUGCUGGGCCAUUACCAGUUUGGGAUGACAGAGGCAGAGAGGAAGGAGGCUGACGAGCAGACGCGGGCAUGCUACGAGCACACCAUGGCAGAGUGGCUGGGCUGCGAGGCCAUCGUCCGGCAGCGCGAGAAGGAGUCGCACGCUGCAGCCCUGGCCAAGUGCUCCUCGGGGGCCAGCCUGGACUCCCACAUCCAGAGGAUGAUGCACAGGGACUCCACCAUCAGCAACGAGUCCUCGCAGAGCUGCAGCUCCGGCCGGCAGAACCACGCCCGGCUGCAGAGCGACUCCAGCUCCAGCACCCAGGUGUUUGAAUCUGUGGAUGAGGUGGAACAGACUGAAGUAGAUUCUCAGCUGGAAGAUGGCAAACAAAGCAAGAUCCCCAAUGGGACAGUCCCCAAUGGCACAUGUUCCCCUGAUUCUGGGCACCCCUCUUCCCAAAACUUCUCCAUCACAUCGGGGUUCUCGGAGCGCAGCUUCAGCAAUGAGGACAGUGCCCUGGAAACCACCAAAUCUUCAUCCAGCUCCCAGGGAAAGGCUGCUGGUUCUGACCUGCCAGCCCCACCAGACACAGAUGGUGUCCAGCAGGAGAAGCUGCAGGGCCAGGACAGCCUGGAAGGGGAAUUUCCCACGGGUGGAAGUGUGGAUUUUGUCCCCAUGGGUGAGAGCUCGGCGAGGCUCCUGCGUGACAGUGACACUGUGGCCCUGACUGUGGUGGAGAGCUGGGCAGACAGCGAGGCUGAGAAGCAGAGCCUGGUGGAGAGUGAGGACAACCUCUCUGAGGAGCCAGAGAUGGAGAGUCUGUACCCACAGCUGGACUCUCUGACUGUGACUGAUCUGACCAGCAGUGAACCAGCUGCUCUCUCCUCCACGGGUGUCACCUACUCUCCAGAGCUGCUGGACAUGUACACGGUGAACCUGCACCGCAUUGAGAAGGACGUGCAGCGCUGUGACCGUAACUACUGGUACUUCACCCCCGCCAACCUGGAGAAGCUCCGCAAUGUCAUGUGCAGCUACAUCUGGCAGCACAUUGAGAUUGGCUAUGUGCAAGGCAUGUGUGACCUGCUGGCCCCUCUGCUGGUCAUCCUGGAUGAUGAGGCUCUGGCCUUCAGCUGCUUCACUGAGCUGAUGAAGAGGAUGAACCAGAACUUCCCCCACGGAGGAGCCAUGGACACACACUUUGCCAACAUGAGGUCGCUGAUCCAGAUUCUGGACUCUGAGCUCUUUGAGCUGAUGCACCAGAAUGGGGAUUACACUCAUUUCUACUUCUGCUACCGAUGGUUUCUCCUGGACUUCAAGAGAGAGCUGGUGUAUGAUGAUGUCUUUGCUGUCUGGGAGACCAUCUGGGCUGCUGCUCAUGUCUCCUCUGCUCACUACGUGCUCUUCAUAGCCCUGGCCCUGGUGGAGAUGUACCGGGACAUCAUCCUGGAGAACAACAUGGAUUUUACAGACAUCAUCAAGUUUUUCAAUGAAAUGGCCGAGCGCCACAACACCAAGCAGAUCCUGAAGCUGGCUCGGGACCUGGUCUAUAAAGUGCAGACUCUGAUUGAGAACAAAUGA